GGGAAUUUUUCUUUCUUUAAAUCGCUUCUUGUUUUGAUGCCUCUUCACUUGGCCUAUAAGCUACACGCGUACUAGCCAUACAAGCAAUCAAUUAAUUUAAGUCUAAUCAUAAGUACAUUUGACUUUUACCCGAAGAAAUAAAUAAAUUAAUUGGUUAAAUUAGUUUAAAAUUUAGUCAACAAGCUGAUUCAUCCACUAUUUUAAAUCACCAAUUGAAUUGCCAACUCUCACGCAGCAAUUUAAUUCAAUCAAAUAAAUUGUACACGCGUCACUGGACGCCAUCAACACUUUUGUGCUACUCGAUCACUGCUUCUAUGAACAUUCUCAAACACCAUUAAAGUACGUGAGCAACCCUCACACUAAUAUGCGAACACAAUUUAAGUGUUUAACACAUAUGCACAUUGCCUAUAUUGUGCCUCUAUUCCAAACUCGACGCAAUUCUCUAAACGAGUCUUCAUUACAAACAAGUUAGUUGCGUACCUAGUACAAGCUACUGCACGCGCAACGCAAAUCAUGGUGGAACUUCCAGAAAGUCCCAGUCAAUACGACAAUCUUGACACACUGGAAGAGCUUGUGAGCAAUUUAAUUAAGGAACUUGUCCCGGGCUAUGCAGAGUCCGUCAAAAAUGCUGGCCUUGAAGUCCUCAAUGAUAACAUCGCACAACUUAUGAAUGACGCCGAGCACAAAACCUUGAGAGGUAAAAAAUCUCGCACAAACUCUUGACUGCAUGGUGUUGAACUUGGUGGCCCAAAUCAAAUGGAGUGACUGCGAGGACGCUCUGGUGAAACGCAGACUGGAAGCUGAACAGCAUAAACAAGUCCAGUUUACUGCACAAUUAAAAGACACCACUGCGCGCUUAAACUUGACUGAAGCCCGCCUCCUUGACGUUGAAAUGCAAUACGAUGAUGCGGAGGCUCGGCUAGUCGACCUCACUGCUGCGGCUGAGGCUGCACAGUUGCUGCCUAAUGACAGCGACAGAUUAGACUAUGACGAUGAUAAACCAACCCAAGCCCCUACCUCGAGCAAAUUAACUUCCGGAGGCCGAACAUCAGCGAGCAACUAUUCUGCUGCGGCAAGCUUCUGGUGACAUUGAGCAGCUCACUGAACACACCGACACACUCAAAGCGGAACGCUCCAAAGAGAUGGAACAGUCGUAUGGGCUCAAGACACAGAUGUCCCGCCUCCAGCAGCAGCUCCGGGACCAAGAGGAUGAGUUAACCCAUGUCAGCCUGCUGACACACACACACACACACACACAAACACAUCCACACACACAUUCAGUUGAGUGUCCCUGAGGAUUUCAAGUUUGAUCUGUGAGAUGAACUGGCUUCUAAUGAGCAUCUGUGGUUGCUUGCAAGCUUCUUCCAGGUGGUCUCACUGACCUGUGAGCAAUCUUUAAACCCAGUGGUGUUUGACCUUGUGUUCCCCUGCUUUCCUUCGACGCAAAGGCCGGACGGCUUUACGGUGACCUGCAAAACAGCAAGAAACCGCCUAGUAGGAACUUUGCAGGGUUUUUGAAGGAGAACUACAGUAAAAUGCAAUUUUUGCAGGGGUGUGUGGAGCCUGUUGGUGCCUUUCCAUGGCGUCCUGACUGCAAGAUCUACUUGUGGCUGGCGGAGCAGGGGAAAAAGUGGAAGGUCUUAGACUGGCCAAGUCAAUCACUGGACGUUAACCAAAUAGAGCAUGCAUUUUACCUCCUGAAGAGGAGACUGAUGGUUGCUUGUAGUUGGUAGUGACUGUAAUACACACGAGACUGACUUAGAGUCGUUAGCGGUAAACUGUUUUUCCAGCUUUUCGGCAUAUUUUUCUCUUCGCGAUGUUAAUCACUUUCGUCAGCUGGUUUGUAGCGCAAUUACAAAGGGCUCUAUUCCCACUUCGAUAGGCGUGCUCUUUAGCCUGUCGAAGUUGUUGAAGUUUGGCAGUGAACCACAGUUUGUUGUUGUUGAACGUGCAAAAAGUCUUUUUUGGUACACACACAUGUGACAAAGUCCGUAUAUUUAUCUAGGCUGCCAGUUCAAGUUUCAAAGACUACCUUCAAGUUUUAACUUUUCUUCAUUGGUCCACUUCUUCACUGUUUUCACCACAGGCUUUGGACAGCUAGGUUUUGGUCUGUAUGUUGGUAUUAAGUGAAUUAGGGUUAGGGUUGUGAUGGCCAACAUCUCCAGGUCUGGCAAUGGCUCAUUCUCUGCUCUGAUAGGAGGCCUGGAGGCUGACAGGAAGUAACUAGUUUUGAAAUACGGAAAACAAUUUGAUAAACUGUUGUUCAAUUUAUUUUAAACUGUGGCUUGGUAACAAAUAAUGUUUGCAAUCUCUCAAUGUUUCAAAAUGUGGUAAAAUGUGUUAUGGUCCAAUGACGUCAACAUUGAAGGUUUUGGUCACGAUUCCAAAAAGAUUUGUCAUGAACUCAACACUGCACCUCACCCAAAGAACACCAUACCAACACUGAAGCAAAGUGGUAGCAGCGCACACAAGGUAUAAAGAAUUAAGAACAAUUGAAAUAGCAGUCAGUGUGAGCAAAAAGGCUUUUGCCAGAAAGCAUAAAAAACAAACAAACACAAUCUCAGGAAGCAUGUACUAGAACAUCUGAAAUUGUUUUGUGUGGUUAAUCAGAGGUGCUUUAAAUGGUGGCAAGUGUGUGCUGACACCCACUUAACAUGCGUUUGCAUGUGAUUGGUUAAUUCUGAACACAGCCACAUCGUAGUUACAGUAUAAGAUGGUGUGCACGCGUGUGCAACCACAUUAUCUCAGUUGUUUAUAUUUACUUCCCCAGUCAAAAUGAUACAGAAAAAAAUUUGUUGCACAGGUUAUCAGCCAUGGUGGAAAACGUUUUAAUAUUAUUUAUCUUGAUCUCAUUUUUUUAUAUUACAAAAACCUGCCAUUUGCGCAGGGUUGCGGAGACUUUUUAGAGCCACUUUAUGUUCCCUGCCAUUGGCUGGCGACCAGUCCGUGGUGGAUUCCGCCUGUCGCCCAAAGUCAGCUGAGAUGGGCUCCAGUGAUAGAAAACGGAUGGAUGGAUAGUGGAUCUGAAACGUGCUAAAUUUAGCUCCAUUCUUCUGGUUCAAUAAGAAACCCUCAAAUUCAAAGUGAGCGUUGAUGCUGUCACUAUGUUGUCUCGUCUCCAGUCCCGCUAGGCACCACGGAAAUUGGCGCUGGCGGGGCAAGUGGCAAGCUCCGUGUUUGGAACCCCCACCAGGACAGAUGGACGACUACAAGGUCCAGUCACGGCACGAAGCAGCUUGUUGGCAUUCUUCAGCCGCACGGAUUACCUGCAGUGACUCUGGAUGCACUUCAGCACUAGUGCGACUCAGCUAAACCUUGAACUCCCCUUUCCGUCAUGGCCUUCUUUUAUCGCAUCCUGCUGCUCAGACUCUGCGUGGCUCUUGUUCACUCAAAGGCUGAUGUGGACAGUGUGAGUCCAUCCACACAAUACACACUGACUGUCACUGCAGCGUCUUCAACCAACAUCAGUCCGGGAGUCAGUCGCAUGCUCAACGCCAAUGAGAGCGUUCCUGGUCCACCUUCAGGUCUAGAAGGAGAGGCUGUAGGCUCCAACGGGAUUCUUCUCUCCUGGACCAUGCCGACUGAUACCACCAAUAUUGACGGCUAUACCAUCAGGUACAAGGAAGUGUGUCCUUACCCGGAUCCCGUCUUCACAGAAGUGACCAAGUACCUGGAGGUCCCAGAGACUCUGCUCACUGACUUCACGUCAGGUUCAACGUACCAUAUUCAGGUGGCAGCCUCUUCUCCUGCUGGCAUGGGACCAUUCAGUAAAGCUGUUUACAUAAAGACCGCUGAGUCCCCUCCAGGCCUGGUGACCAACCUGACCGCCUUUGCCCAGAAUCACACCUCGGUGCUGGUCACGUGGUUCCUGCCACACCGCAUCAACGGCCUGAUCAUAAAGUUUGCCAUCAAGGCCAAGCACGCUCGAACGGGCCAGACAGUGCGCAACCUGGAGGUCAACGCCGAGGACAUCAUGACGGGAGCGCUGCCUCACUGCAAUGAUGCAGCAGAUAUUCUGACUCGUGCGACCGUCAACCCCUCGGAAAUGACGGCAUCGUCCGCACCCUACACUCUCACCGCGGUGCCCCCCUCAGCCGCCUGGAGCGUGCCCAUCUCGGUGGAGGUAGAUCAGCUUCGACCUUACACCGCUUAUCUCUUCGAAGUGUCUGCCUUUACAUCUGACGGGGAGGGACAGAUCGCCUCCACUAUGGUCCGCCUGCCAGAGUCAGGCCCAGAAGAUCCUCCACAAAACUUCACUGUAUUGAACGUGACGUCUCGAUCGAUAUCCCUCGCCUGGAAACCUCCCACCAUCAUCACUGGGAAAUUCACCUACGUGCUCUUCCUGUACGGGGCUACAGGAUAUUUGUACGAGAACAGCACAGCAGACAUGCGUUUCACCUUCACCGGCUUGGGUCCGUACACCAAGUACACGGUGGCGGUGGGAGCCAAAGCGGCCGGAGAAGUGGGUCCGGUGGCUAAGAAUGAUGUGAGGACAUCGGCUGAAGCGCCCAGUGCUGUUCAGGACCUGAUGGCAGUCGCAGAGGACGCCGUUUCAGUCCGUGUGAACUGGAGAAGUCCGGCUCACCCAAACGGUCCAAUAACUCAGUACAGACUGCGGGUCCUACUGAACGACACUCUGUUACAGGACAUCACCCUCGUAGGCGAGCUGAAUACUAACACAACUGGGGCUUAUGAAGGGGAGUUGCUCCGUCUCGAUCAGGACGUUGGUGCAUGGCGGCGUAAGAGGAAUGCUGAGCUCAGUCGGACCUCCGCUGCAGCUCAUUUUGACUCCACACGGUCGAUCAGCAUCACCUCCUUCAGCCUGGCCUUCACGCUCCUCGGAAGUGCUGAGCAAAGCAGCGCAGACGCUCAAGCCAAGCAGGGUUUUAACCCCUCUGCCACCCCUCCGGUCACGGAGGCACCCAGCGACACUUACCAUUCUCAGCCUCCCGCCACAGUUUUUUCUGCUUCAUCUGUGCCGCCUGCUACGCUUCCACCCCGGUUGUCGACGCCAAAUGACGACGUGACUGCCGAGUCAUCCGACCUCACUCAAACCCCGGGCCACCUGCGCUUGUCCACUCGCCAUGCGUCCAUUACAGGACAUGCGGGGGCUUCUGGAAGUCCAGGCGUAACAGUGCGAGAAGUGGUGAUGGACCUGUCGACAGACGAGCUGUAUUACCUGGUUUCCAACCUUGAACCCUUCACCGAGUACACGUUUAGAGUCUCCGCCUCCACCAUAGUGGGCGAAGGGCCCGCCGACGACAUCACCGAGAGAACACGAGAGCAAGUCCCCAGCUCGGUACUGGAACUUGCCUACCAAAACAUCAGCUCCACCUCCAUAUUAGUAAGCUGGGCGGCGCCACUCACCCCCAAUGGGCGGAUCACGCAUUACACUGUCUACGGCCUCGCGGUGCACAGUGGUCAGCGCCUGAAGUGGGUCACAAACUUUACCAGCAUACUGAUAACAGAUUUGGAUAAGUAUACUGGCUAUAUGCUACAUGUGGCUGCAUCUACGGCUGUGGGAGAAAGCUUGCUAUCCCAGGAAGAUGGCAUCUUUGUUCUCACAUUAGAGGACGAGCCUGAUUCCCCCCCGGUGAACCUGACUGUGGUGGACACCAGCUCGUCCACAGCCACCCUGACCUGGUCUGCGCCAGAGAAAAACAACGGGGUGAUCCAACAGUACACGGUCCUCUAUGAGAACCAGUCGUCUUCCAAUUCAGUGAACACCUCCAGCAACAGAGUCACUCUAACGCACCUGAGGCCAUUCACCUACUACAACGUCUCUGUGAUGGCUUUCACACGUUUCGGCCACGGCAACCAUACCUCGGACUAUUUAAGCGUGUUGUCUGGGGAGGAUGUGCCGGGCAGUCCUCCGCACAGCCUUGCCUAUGAGUCGCUUAGUCCCAACGAGGUGAACGUGACCUGGCUGCCACCACUGGUGCCCAAUGGCGUCAUAACCCACUACAGCUUGGAGUUGUGCAAUUCCACCCACUACCUCAACCUCACUUCCCCCACCAACUUUCUGCACUUGACCCACCUGAGAAAGUACACGCGCUACCGUGUCACGCUGCAGGCGCACACGCGGGCCGGGCCGGGGAACUUCACCACUGAGCCGCUCAACAUCACCACACUGGAGGACGCUCCAGACACGCCUCCUCAGUUCCUCUAUGCCAGGAAGUUAUCCGACUUUGAGGUGGAAUUGUCCUGGCAACCGCCGCUCGUAGCCAAUUCAGACAUACUGUACUACGUUGUCAGAGUGUGGAACGAGACAACAAGUCUGCUACACAAUGUAACCGAGACGUCAGUGGUUAUAAAUGUGAACUUUGAGAGCCGCUACAAUGUGUCUGUCUCCACCUGGACCAGGCUGGGAGACGGAGGGGUGCGGGCCUACAUAACCUCUGAUGCAGAGCCCUUUGAACCACCCCAGAAUGUCACUUUUGCAAACGUGACUAUGUCCGCUGUAACCAUGCUGUGGUAUCCACCCACCAAACCCAGCGGAAUCGUUAUUGUUCGCUAUACAAUUUACUACACUGACAACAACACUGUGGCCAAGCAGGAAGUUCCUGUUGCAGAUGUGUCCGUCCCUGCAUCGCCGGACACACUUCUGUCCUGGACUCUGACUGGUCUUAUCGGGGGAACUAACUACACAGUGUGGAUGACUUCCAGCACUGUACGGGGUGACGGAGGAGUCCAGAGCGAACCACUUAGCUUGCUCUUACCUGAGGAUGUGCCGUCCGACUCCGUCCACAACCUGACCACUCAGAUCUUCAGCUCCACCGCCAUCAUCGUGAGCUGGGACCCUCCCCUGGAGCCCAACGGCCGCCCCUACUACAUCCUCACCUUGCAGGAGGCCGGCCUCUUCCCACUUGUACACAACCAAACCCUUCCUGCGGUCAACAAAACAAUCGAGCGCACUACCACCGACACUGUCUUCCUCUUCACCAAACUCAGAAAGUAUUUUCCUUACGUAUUGACCGUUACCCCGGCGACAGGGGCUGGCCCCGCCCAUAACCAUACCAGCACCAUGUACCUGAGGACUGAUGACGACGUUCCCAGUUCUGCACCAUUGCUGGUCUCCGCCGUGAACUUGUCGGCGUUCUCCAUCGCCGUGGCAUGGAAGCGCCCACUGGAGGCCAACGGGGUGAUCACAGAGUACACCCUCACGCUGUUUGGCCCAGCGGGCUCAAACACCACACAGACCCCUGACAGCGUCUUCACGCUCACCAACCUGCUGCCGUACACGGCUUACAACCUGAGCGUCACCGCAGCGACGCUUAAAGGCUCUGGGCCUGCGCUGGUAUUGAUGCUGCACACUGAUGAGGGGGGCCCCAUGGCCCCUCCCCGCAACCUGACCAUUUUCAACCACACGGCUGUUUCCGUGUGGCUGAGCUGGGAGCCCCCCCUGGAGCCGAACGGGGUGGUCCUGCAGUACGGCUUCCGGAUCCGAGAGCUCAUCACAGACACUGUCACACACCGGAAUUCGUCCGGUCCAUCAACAAGUGAGUACAUCUCCGGCUUCAGGCCUCAUAGUUCCUACGAGAUCAGCGUUUACAGUUACACCCGAGUAGGCCAUGGCAACCAGUUUAGCAGCCCUGUGACCUUCACCACCAAUGAGUCGGUUUCAGAAGCUGUGGUGAACCUGUCAUGUUCAGGAGUCAGCUGGCAUUCCAUUCAGUUAUCUUGGGAACCUCCGGUCAGCCCGAAUGGGCAGAUCCUCUUUUAUGAGAUUACAAUGGAGGUGGACUCAUACCAGGUCAACACAGCAGAAUACACAGUAACUGGACUGCCACCAGACCAGGAGUACAUACUUAGUGUGGCCGUGGUCAACUCUGCAGGACCAGGCGAGCAAAUCAACUGCACUGCUUCUACUCUUUCAGAGUCAGCCCCAUCUGCCCCUCGCUUCCUCGCCAUCUCUCAAGUCACUGCCAACAACGUGACACUGGAGUGGGGUUCCCCUCUCUCCGUUCCAGGCCUGCUUAAAGAGUACCGCCUGGUCACGGAGUUGCUCGACACUAAAUGCGAACCCCACAUCCUAAAACCUGAAGAAGAAAAGGUCUCGAAUUGCGUGGAGUCAAGUGUUACCGUGUCGGUCAACGCUUCGGAAGAGGCCCCCAGUAUCACACUCCAUCCUCUGGCUAAGUACAGACUCUACCGCUUCAAAGUGGCGGCAGUGACCAACGCAGGAGUCGGAGACUAUACAGAGUGGAAUUAUGCACGCACCCUGGCUGGCAACCCAGAUGCCCCUCCACAUGAUAUCAGGGUGCUGCCCACCUCCAGCAGCCUUCGUAUAGACUGGGACCCUCCUGACAUUAUUUCCGGACCCACGUCCUAUCUCGUGCAGGUGGAAGGUCCCAGUUUGAAUUACUCCUCCAUCCGAGAGCCAGGGGAGUUGACCAGGGUGGUUGUGACCAACUUGACGGCAUUCUCUCUUUAUUUCGUGACGGUCACCGCCUUCACCGGCCCCUUGGAGCGCGCGGCUGAGGACGGGAAGGCCAUUGGGCCCUUUGUGUUUCAAACUUUGGAGGAAGAGCCUAAAGACCCACCAAAGAACGUGGUGGUGUCCGUGAUCCCGGACGAGGUGAAGCGGGUCAAGGUGACCUUCACGCCGCCGGAGGAGCCCAACGGGCAAAUCACAUCCUACUGUGUGUACAUCUACAAGAAAGAACUCCUGGUGAGGAACAUUAGCCUGAACACCACCCAAAAAGAAAGCCACAUGCUGAGUGCCGUCAUCGAUGGCCUAAAGGGUGGUCACAACUACAGCAUUCAGAUUUCCGCAAAGAACAGCGCAGGUCGGAGUCCACCCAGCCCACACUUCCAGAUAACAACAGGAAUCAAAGCGGCGGCCAAGCCCACCCAAAAACCCCAGGCAGUGUUUGGCCACAGAGGGGUUGCCAUGGUUACCCACAAGAGUAUCACCAUUCACAUGCCAGCGUGUUUCUAUAGUGACGACAACGGGCCAAUCGCAAAAAUCCAGGUCAUCGUGGCUGAGUCAGGGGUGAAGGACCUCGCAAACCUAACCACCUGGAGGGUAGCCUUUUUCGAAGACCCCGGCCCUUAUGUGACGGACCAGGGCUUCCCCAACCCGCCGUGUCCGGAGGACACCCGCAGGGUAUCCAGAGACCACCGACAUAAUCACACCCGGGCGGGGACGUAUGUGAUCGGAGAGCAUGACGAGUGUAUGCGGGAGAACCACACGGACACGCUGUGUAACGGACCUUUGAAGGCCAACACUGUUUAUGUGUUUAAGUUCAGAGCAACUAACAGCAUCGGCCAAUACACUGACUCUGAGUACUCCGACCAUAUUAAAACUGGAGUGAACACACUGUUGAGCCGAGACGAGCAGAUCAUCCUGGGUGUACUCCUCUCCUUCUUCUUGGCGGUGCUGCUGUUUGUCAUCAUCUGCGCGUCCGUCAAGGUCCACCAGCGCAAGAAGGAGGGUGGAACAUAUUCCCCCCGAGAAGCGGAGAUCAUCGAGACCAAGUGUAAGCUGGAUCAGCUGAUUGCUGUGGCAGACUUGGAGCUGAAGCAAGAAAAAGUCAACCGGUAUUCGUCUUUCUUCUUCAGACGGAAGGAGAUAUACGUCAUCCAACUCCUCAGCUACAGGAAAUCACUCAAGCCCGUCAACAAGAAGUCUUUCCUCCAGCAUGUGGAGGAUCUGUGCAACAACGACAAUGCCAAAUUCCUGGAGGAGUUUUCCGAGCUCCCCAAACUGCUUCAGGACCUGGCCACCACAGAUGCAGAUCUUCUCUGGAACAAAUCCAAAAACCGUUUCCCCAAUAUAAAACCCUAUAAUAACAAUCGAGUUAAACUGCUGUCAGAACCGGGAACUGUGGGCUCAGAUUACAUCAAUGCCAGCUUUGUCUCGGGCUACCUGUGUCCAAAUGAGUUCAUCGCCACCCAGGGUCCUCUGCCCAACACGGUGGCUGACUUUUGGAAGAUGAUCUGGGAAACGGGCACCCGCACCAUCGCCAUGCUCACGCAGUGCCACGAAAAAGGCAGAAUUCGCUGUCACAAAUACUGGCCAGAGGACAACAAGCCCAUGUCAGUGUUUGGUGACAUCCUAAUUUCAAAAGUAUCUGAAGAAAUCCUUCCUGAUUGGACUGUCAGAACACUUAAAGUGGAGAAGCAUGGACACUACAUUUUGAUCUGCCACUUCAACUACACGUCGUGGCCCGAGCACGGGGUCCCGGAAUGCUGCGGCACCCUCAUCAAGUUUGUCCGGGUGGUCCGAGCGCACCAGCACGACAACACCACCAUAGCGGUCCACUGCAGCGCCGGCGUGGGCCGAACGGGCGUGUUCAUCGCUCUGGACCAUCUCAUUCAGCACAUCAGAGAUCACGACUUUGUGGACGUUUACGGCCUGGUGGCUGAGCUGCGCAGCGAGAGGAUGUGCAUGGUGCAGAAUCUGGCCCAGUACAUCUUCUUGCACCAGAGUACACUGGAACUGCUGAACAACAAAGGCAACAGUCAGUCAAUCUGGUUUGUCAGCUACUCUGCUCUGGAAAAGAUGGACUCACUGGAUGCAAUUGAAGGUGACGUUGAACUGGAAUGGGAAGAGACCACGAUGUAGACGGACACCUUUGCCAGAAGAUGGGUUUGUUAUUUUUUUAAGAGCAUGAGAAGAAAAAGGAGAAGGAUGAAGAGGAUGAGAAUCAUUCUUUGGAACAUUGCUCCCUUCAAUGACCUUCUUGUUUUCAUGGUGAGGAAAUAAGUGGUAGCACUCAGAGCCUCCUAUCACAUUUUUGCACACAUUGAGUCCACUGUGUAUUGUCAUGACUGUAUCAUAUUAAAAGCUGUUGUGUUUUUGUAAGGUAAUUUAUUCAGCCAUAUUGCUUUUAUUUUCUAUUCUUUUAUUAUGUCUAAAUUCUGCUGCCUGCAUCGAGGAGUUGACGGCAUUCCCAUUUUUGGUUGAGAUCCUUUUCUCAAGAAUGAUUUGCACCAGUAAAAACUGCUCGGAUUUUUAUUCUUGUGUUGUUGUUAUUUUCAACCUUAAUACUUGAACAAUGCUCGCCGACUCCUAUGUGGAUUGAAUCCGUCGUGACAUUGUGCCGUCACAUUAUAAAAUGAACAGGCUAUGGCUAUUUAGUGUGUGUGUGUGUGUGUGUGUGUGUGUGUGUGCGUGCGUGUAACUUUUAAGAGACGUGUAGUUAGGGCCAGAAGUAUUCGGACAAUGAAAUACCGGUAGUUUUUAUGAUGUUGCCUUUGUACACAAAACUAGAAUGGAUUUUAAAUACAGUAGAACCUCAGUUUUCAUGAUUAAAUUCGUUCUUGAAAGUCUGCCUAAAAGCAAUAUUUUGCAUAAGAACUAACGUAAAUCCAAUUAAUCCAUCCCAGCUCUCCAAAAAUAGUAACAAAAAUACCUUUUAUAGAGAAUAACUUGUUUUACAUACAGUAAAUAGACUGAAAUAAAUAUAAAUGACUAACAAAGUGACUAAAUUAUCAUUUAACAUCAAGUUUUGCUCCACUGAAGACUCUUGAUGGCGUGUGGAAGACAGGAGGGGGGAGAGGGAGCAAUUUUUGUACUUUGUUACGAGUUCUUGAUGUUUCUCGUCUUUUUUAUCAAAUGGCUUUCUCUCAUACUGUGGGAAAAAGGUUCAGCUGACGGCAAAGCUUUUAUUAAGCAACGCAGGCUAAUAACAAGCCUCCCACUUUGCUUGGCAACACUCAGACAAGUUGGGGCAAUUUCGCCGCACCAUUCUGUCCAAAAUAAGGCCUUCAAAAAAAAAAAAAACACACCAGUAAAAUAAGUUUCACCACAC